AUGUUUUCGUUUAUAGGGAAAAUUAAAACGUGGUUUGUAAACGCGUUUUGUGCCGUGAUUGGGUGGAUAUCACACUUCUUUGGAUCCAUAAAAAGGAAGUUCUAUCGACCAAAGACUCUUCCAAAACCAUCUAAAGUGAAUGUAAUACCAAUAGCACCAGCCAAUUCAGCAAAUUUGCCUAAAAUAGUUGGAAAGAGCGAUGGAAAAGUACAGUUCCUUAAAAUCAUCAGUUGGGAUCUUAUGAUUGAAAGUAAUGGACAAGCUCAUAACACAUCUCUAUUCGAUCUCAUGAACCGUACAGGCGCUGAUAGCCGAUUAGUAGUUCGACGUGGUCAAGAAUUUUUCAUAAAGUUAAAUCUUGAUCGAGAUUAUGAUCCUAAGAUCGAUGGAAUUUCUCUUGUAUUUACAUUAGAAGGAAUUGAAAAGCCUCAACAUGGUAACGGCACCUUUGUAAUUGUACCUGUGUUGAAUGUUGGAGAAGAUGCUGAAGGAAGCUGGCGUUCAACGUUGUAUUCCAAGGAAGUUAAUUCAAUUGUUGUAAAGAUUGUUCCACCAGUAAAUGCUAUUGUUGGUAAAUGGAAGGUUGACAUUGAUGUCAAAAAGAAGGAUAGAACUGGUGCUACCAGUUUUACUACUCAUCAACCAAUUUAUAUUCUUUUUAAUCCUUGGUGUUCAGAGGAUAGCGUCUACAUUCCUGAUGAUGAAAAACGUCAAGAAUAUGUUAUGCAAGACAUGGGUUACAUCUAUAGAGGAACCCAUAGACAAGUAUUGCCUUCAAUGUGGAAAUAUGGUCAGUUCAAAGAAAAUAUGUUGGAUUGUGCUCUUCAUCUUAUGACAAAAGUCGGAAAAGUUCGAAGCAGUUCAAGAAAUGAUCCAAUUAUUGUAUCAAGAGUUCUUUCUGGAGUUAUUAAUAGUGAUGGUAAAGAUAACAAAGUAAUUAUCAGCAACUGGACAAAUGACUUCAAUGGAGGAACUUCUCCAACACAUUGGAUGGGAUCUUUUGCUAUUUUGAAGAAAUAUUACGAAACUAAACAACCUGUCAAAUACGGCCAAUGUUGGGUUCUUUCUGGAGUAUAUACUACCUUAUGUAGAGCUUUGGGAAUACCUUCUCGAGUGGUAACCAAUUAUUCAAGUGCUCGUGAUGCUGAAGGAAGUGUAACUGUUGACUACAUUGUUGAUGCUGAGGGUAAAGCAGUUGAAGAUAUUAACAGUGAUUCAAUCUGGACAUUCCAUACCUGGAAUGAAGUUUGGAUGCAGAGAUUGGAUCUUGGCGCAGAAUACAGCGGAUGGCAGGCAAUUGAUGCAUCUUUGUCAUCUAAAACUGGCGAAGGUUCAAACCGAUGUGGACCAGCAUCUAUUGUAGCUAUUAAAAAGGGCGAAGUUCGACGGGCUUAUAAUGGUGAAUCAUUAUAUGGAGAAGUUAACGCUGAUCAGAUUAUCUGGAAAUAUAAUGGAGCUACGGUGCCUCUUACGUUAAUCCGAAAAGAUACAACGAGUGUCGGAAAACAAAUUGUGACAAAACCAAUAGGCAUUAAAGAACAACCAGAAAUCUUAACUGAUAAUUAUAAAUAUCCUGAAGAAUCUCAAGAAGAAAGGAAAUCAAUGUCGAAAGCCCUGAAUAAACAUGAUUGGAUCUUCAGCCGUUUUUCUAUGAAUAAAGAAUUCCGAGAUAUUAAAUUUGAUUUCAAACUAAAUGAUGAUGUUGUAAUUGGAAGUCCAUUCAAUGUUGGAUUAGUUAUGGAAAAUCUGAAUUCUGAAGUAGAAUACCGAGUUUCCAUUAUAUUGCGCGUUGAUUCGAUACUUUACACUGGCAAAAUGAGUCAGCCAAUUAAAUACUUGGCAACUGAAUGUAUAGUGAAACCUGGAACCAUUGAAGAAGUUAAUUUAUGUCUCGCUUGGGUUGAAUAUGCCCCAAGACUUCAAAAUCAAUGUGCCUUUAAUGUCGCAUGUCUUGCUAAAGUUCAUGAAGUAAAUUAUGAAUAUUUCGCUCAAGAUUUCUUCCAAUUACUUAAACCAAAAAUAACCACUGUGAUCUCGAAAAAAUAUUCUGAGCUCAAUAGAGUUGAUAAGGUGUCAAGCUUCGUCAAUCCUCUGCCAGUACCUCUACACAAUGGUGAAUUUAUCAUCGAUGUGCCUUUCUUGAACACAGAACUGAAAAUGAAGGUUAACAAACCUAUCAUGCCUGGUGAGAAAGUAUCUUGUACUUACUGGGUGAAGGAAUAUGGCAAUGCCAAUAUGUUCAAAACUUCAAUUAAAUUCCACUCAAAGGAGUUAGAUGAUGUUGAAGGGUAUCAUUAUUCAGCAAUUAGUGUUGAAAAUGGCACUCAUUAA